AUCUUGCCAUUGUCUAUAACUUCUUACCAAUUCCCAAACAAACCAAAGAUAAAGAUAAAGAUUCAUCUUUAUUAUACCUCUAUACCAAAAAGCUACCUUCUCUUUUCUCUCUCUCUGCAAAGCAAAAACAAAAGAUUAUGGAAAUGAUCAACAAAUUAGAAAAUCACCAUGAUGAUCAAUACAUUUUUCGAUCAAAGCUUCCUGAUAUUUACGUCCCAAAUCAUCUCCCUCUUCACAAAUAUUGCUUUGAAAACAUCUCCCAAUUCAGUUCACGCACUUGCUUGAUAGAUAGUGCCACGGGUGCAACGUACACCUAUGCGAACGUUGAACUCACCGCCAAAAGAAUUGCCCUCGGGCUCCACAAACUCGGAAUUGAUCAAAGACAAGUCAUCAUGCUCUUGCUCCCGAAUUCACCUGAAUUCGUAUUCGCUUUCCUCGGAGCAUCUUUCCGAGGCGCGAUAACCACGACUGCAAACCCAUUCUAUACUCCGUCCGAGAUCACGAAGCAAGCAAAGUCAUCGAACGCGAAGCUCAUCAUAACGCAAUCUCGUUAUGUCGACAAAAUCAAGUGUUACGCUGAGGAAAAUGGGGUGAAAAUUGUGUGUGCGGAUGAUGCACCACCCCCCGAGGGUUGCCUUAGUUUCACCGAGUUAUUAAUUACUCAAUCGGAUUACGAUACAUUUUUAUCUGAUAGUGUAAAAAUUCUUCCAGAUGACGUAGCAGCGUUGCCUUAUUCGUCUGGCACGACGGGGUUGCCGAAAGGUGUGAUGCUAACACAUAAAGGGCUUGUAACAAGUGUGGCACAACAAGUUGAUGGUGAAAACCCUAAUCUUUAUUUCCAUAGUGAGGAUGUGAUCAUGUGUGUGUUGCCAUUGUUUCAUAUUUAUUCUCUCAAUUCUAUUUUGCUUUGUGGCCUAAGAGUUGGGGCAACUAUUUUGAUAAUGCAAAAGUUUGAGAUAAAGGGAUUAAUGGAGUUAGUGGAGAAGUAUAAGGUGACAAUUGCACCAUUUGUGCCACCUAUAGUUUUGGCCAUUGCAAAAAGUCCAUUGGUGGAUGAAUAUGAUUUGUCAUCAAUAAGGAUGAUUAUGUCAGGGGCAGCACCAAUGGGGAAAGAGCUUGAAGAUACUGUUAGAGCUAAAUUGCCGAAUGCAAUACUAGGACAGGGAUAUGGGAUGACUGAAGCAGGCCCAGUUUUAUCAAUGUGUCUAGCCUUUGCAAAACAACCGUUUCAAGUAAAAUCAGGUUCCUGUGGGACUGUUGUUCGUAACGCCGAGAUGAAGAUCGUCGAUACCAACACCGGUGCAUUUCUUCCCCGGAAUCAUGCCGGAGAAAUUUGCAUUAGAGGUGAUCAAAUUAUGAAAGGAUAUCUAAAUAACCCAAAAGCGACAGAGGAAACAAUAGACAAAGAAGGAUGGUUACAUACGGGUGACGUUGGAUACAUAGAUGAAGAUGAUCAAGUGUUUAUAGUGGACAGGUUGAAGGAAUUAAUAAAAUACAAAGGGUAUCAAGUAGCUCCUGCUGAAUUAGAAGAUAUGCUUAUUUCCAAUGCAAAUAUAGCUGAUGCUGCUGUUGUCCCGAUGAAAGAUGAGGUUGCAGGAGAAGUUCCUGUUGCAUUUGUAGUGAGAGCAAAUGGUAGCAAUAUUUCAGAGGAAGAGAUCAAGAAAUAUGUAUCCGAACAGGUUAUAUUCUACAAGCGAAUAAAUCAAGUUUUUUUCACAGAGGCAAUCCCAAAAGCUCCGUCUGGGAAAAUACUUCGUAAAGAUUUAAGAGCUAAGCUUGCAGCAGGCAGUCUAGCUAGUAAUUGAGUACUUCUGUCAUGGAGAUACUAUAUAUACUUUUGUUUUUAGUUCAUCAUAUAUAGGAACUUGUAAAAUAUAAGCUAGAACGAAAUUUGUAUGCUUAUAAUUUGUACUGUAUAUUGAACCAAAUGACUUUACCCUUUUUGGUUAA